CGCCAAAGAGAAGAAAAAUCGUCGCGGUAAAUUCGUAUACACACAUGUGUACAUCUAUUUUGAACAUAGACGAACCUAUGAAAAAUGCAAAUGAACUAUAUGCAUUAGAAUGUGUCAUCUGAAGGCGUCAUAUAAUAUUCGUAAACAAUUAUAAACAGUGUUGUCAUCGAAUUUUUCGCUAUUGCGAAUAUUUCGAAUAAAUAAUAGUUAUGAUCAAACUUGUACUGAAAGGUUGCCACAUGAUCUCAUAUAUUCAUCCAACGUGCUGAGAGAGUGCAAUUCGAUCGAAAAGAGACAUAGAAAUAAACAGGGAGAGAGAGAGGAGAAAGAGGAGAGAGAGGAGAGAGAUCUAACACAGAAGAGCAUAAGACGAGUACAAAAACAAGUUUGUUGUUGCGUUGCCUCCAAAAAAAGACAGUGAGACUCGUACUGCAUAAAGGAAUUUUAAGUAUUUUUUGAACAUUACUGAAUACUUGUGACUUCAGAAUGGCGUCCACAUCGGGUUUAAAGGUCUUUGCCUACGCACUGCACAUAUUAUGUACGUUGCUGGCACUUGUGCUGAUAUCUUUCGGAGCCUAUGUGUUAAUGUCCUAUGAUGUCAAUAAAAUAGGACUCUAUGCAGCCUCUGCCUAUAUAGCCAUUGGUUUGGCCGCUAUUAUCAUCUUUCUCUGGGGAUAUUUGUCCGCUUGGCGUGAGCACGUCUGUUGUACUGUUGCCUUUGUUUCGUUUUUAUUUCUGAUAAUUAUUGCUCAAGCAGUGGCUUUGUUUGUACUCACUACCCAAGAACAAGAUGUAGCAUCGAAUUUGGCAAACUCUUUGGAGGCGACCUGGGAUCAGGAGCUCAAUAGUCCAGGAGCCAUGUCAUUGUAUGAGAACUGGUUCCAAUGCUGUGGCCGUGGAAGUCCUCAGGAUUAUGUUGUUAAUGAGCGUCUGCCGCCGGAAACCUGUUUCCGCAACCAUGACAAGAGCAAUCCCGACAAUCUGAUCCCCACAGGCUGCCGUGUUGCAUUCGAGAAUUACUGGAAGAAUCUCAUAAUGGUUUUCAAUAUUAUAGGCUGGGUGCUCAUCGCUGUUGAGGUGCUUCUAAGUAUUGUGUCCUGUGGCCUGUGCAACAGUAUUCGCAAUGAUCACCGUCGCUCUUACUACUAAGAAGAUGUUUUUCCAGAGAUUUCAUUUGUUGAACUUGAAUUGCUUCAAAUAUUCACACAUUAUACUCUA